CAAAUGACCGGUAGGUGUAGUCAUUUAAAAGUCAUAAUCUGUGCCCAAAUAUAGGAAACCUUUAGAUCCAUAGCAUUCAUGCUUUGUGUGUCUCAUACAGCGUUUGUCUCGCAGUCAUAACACGUGUUAUUUAAUUGAAUCCAAACUAAUUGUUUGAAUCGAUUGUCUAAACGGUGGCAUUGAAUCCAAUCAAAGACAAUGUCUUCGGUGGGAACCCUUGCCUUCGACGAGUUCGGUCGGCCUUUCUUUAUCCUCAAAGAUCAGGACAAACAAAGACGACUCGUCGGCACAGAAGCCAUUAAAUCGCAUAUAAUGGCCGCCCGUUCGGUGGCCAACACUCUGAAGACGUCGUUGGGUCCCAAAGGGUUGGAUAAGAUGAUGGUCUCUCCAGAUGGCGACGUGACGGUGACUAACGACGGCGCGACUAUCCUGAAGAUGAUGGACGUCGAGCACCAAAUCGCUAAACUCAUGGUCCAGUUGUCGCAAUCGCAGGACGACGAGAUCGGCGACGGAACCACUGGUGUCGUAGCCGAUAUUAGUUUCUUCAUAUCGGCUGAUCAGACGACACGCCAGAGGAAUACUAAGCCUUCGAACCUCCUCGCCGGUGCCCUCUUAGAACAGGCGGAACUGCUGAUCGACAGAGGCAUACAUCCCAUCAGAAUAGCUGAUGGCUUCGAGAUGGCGGCCAGACAUGCGAUGAAUCAUUUGGACCGCAUUAGUGACAGCUUUACAGUCGAUGCCAACAAUUUGGAGCCAUUAAUACAGACAGCGAUGACUACUUUGAACUCUAAGAUAGUGAACCGAUGUUUGAGACAAUUCGCAGAAAUAGCGGUCAAUGCCGUCAUAUCUGUGGCCGAUUUGGACCGAAAAGACGUCUGCUUUGAGUUAAUUAAAGUCGAGGGAAAGUCUGGCGGAAGGCUAGAGGACUCGCUUCUCGUAAAGGGUGUUGUAGUGGACAAAGACUUCAGUCACCCGCAGAUGCCUAAAGAGCUCCGGGAUGUGAAGUUAGCCAUCUUGACCUGUGCUUUCGAGCCGCCCAAACCUAAGACCAAGCAUAAGCUGGACGUGACAUCCGUAGAGGACUACCGUUUACUCCGCAAAUACGAACAGCAAAAGUUCGAGCAAAUGGUCGAUAAGGUGAAGGAGACCGGAACUACUCUUGUCAUCUGUCAGUGGGGUUUCGACGACGAGGCCAACCAUCUGCUGCUGCAGAAGGAGUUGCCGGCCGUUCGUUGGGUCGGCGGCCCUGAGAUCGAACUCAUAGCCAUCGCAACCGGCGGUCGAAUUGUUCCGCGCUUUGAAGAGUUGACGCCCGAGAAGUUGGGCAAAGCGGGUGUUGUCCGCGAGAUAUCGUUCGGGACCACUAAAGACAAAAUGCUUGUCAUUGAGGAGUGUCUCAACACGCGAGCGGUCACUGUCUUCAUCCGCGGCGGCAAUAAAAUGAUUGUCGAGGAGGCGAAGCGCAGUCUUCACGACGCCCUCUGCGUUGUCCGCAAUCUCGUCAAAGACAACCGCAUAGUCUAUGGCGGCGGCGCUGCGGAGAUCGCCUGUUCUGUAGUGGUGUCCGAAGAGGCCGACAAGAUAUCAUCGUUAGAACAGUACGCCUUCCGCGCGUUCGCCGACGCACUCGAAUCCAUUCCCAUGGCUUUGGCGGAGAACAGCGGUCUGGCCUCCAUUGAGACGGUCACUGAAAUCAAGUCGAGACAAAUCAAGGAAAAGAAUCCAUGGCUUGGAAUCGAUUGCCUUCACAAAGGCACUAAUGACAUGAAGAGCCAACACGUGAUCGAGACGUUGACGAGUAAGAAGCAACAGAUCAGUCUCGCGACACAACUCGUCAAAAUGAUCCUUAAGAUAGACGACAUCCGAUCUAAUGAAGGCAUGUUUGGCUAACACUCCCACCCCUCCCACUAUUUUGUAAUCAAGUUUUGCUUUUAAUAAAAUGUUUCACUUAAAUACUUAAAUUAA